UUCCGGCGGCGCCGGGCGGCCGCGGAGCCACGGGUCCGGAGCGGUGCCGCUUCCCCCGGGGCCGGCACAGCAUGCGCGGCCUGCUCCGCCCGCCCCCAUCCCGGCCCCCAGCUCCGCCGCUUCCCGCCCCGCUCCGCCGCGCCCCGGCUGGGAUGUGACCGCGGCUGCGUCCCGGUGAGCCGAGGCCUUGCGUCGCCGUGCCGCGGGAGAGGGAGGGCUCCGCGCUGCUGCUGGGUCACACGGCCGGGGAUGGGAAUCCUCCCGCACCGCCAGAGCUGUUUCGGAGGUUCCCGGGGUGCUGUGGCUCUCAGCGCACGCGUGCUCCUGUUGUGUUGAGCUGCACGGAACGCUGCCAGAGGUGUUCUCUUCUAAAAGUUAAUCGGAAGCUGUCAUUAUCUUAAUUGAUAUCAACCCUUCCAGUGACGCUGUCUUUUCGCAAGGGUGAUAAAGAGCAGUGUUUGUGGGGAGGAAAGUGCUGUGUAGGUGAAUGCCUGACGCUGUGUGUGUCUUUAGCGAUGGAGGCUCCGUACGAUGGCACUGAAGUCACUGUGGUCAUGGAGGAAAUAGAGGACACCUACACUUACACAUCACCAGUGCCUUCCAAGAAGAAAAAGAAAUACAAAAGUCCUGGUGAUCAUGGAGAAAAAGCCAAAAAACCCAGAUCUGCUUACCUCCUCUACUAUUAUGAUAUUUACUUGAAAGUACAGCAAGAGCUUCCUCACCUCCCUCAAUCUGAAAUCAACAAAAAGAUCAGCGAGAGUUGGAGGCUGCUCAGCGUGGCUGAAAAAAGCUAUUACUUGGAGAAAGCAAAGCUGGAGAAAGAGGGACUGGACCCAAACUCCAAGGUGUCCUCUCGAACUGCGGUAGUUCCAGACAUUCCAGGUUUCCGCAAGAUUCUUCCUCGCUCAGAUUACAUAAUUAUUCCCAAAACCACUCUUCAAGAGGACAGGAGCAGGCAGUCACUGGAGCUGCACGUGACACAGGGUCAGGCAGCACCUGAAGGGACAGCUUCCACCAACAUCACAAACGCCUCCCAUGACGCUGUGCAAAAUGUCCUUUCCGUGGACUCGAGCCACGUCGGCAUUUCUGAGCAGUGCAUUGCCAUUGAAGGACUGUCAGAAGAGACCACUUCCUUCAGUCAGUCAGAGGCUGUGGAAGAAGUGGUGGCAUCGGAGGUUCUCUCUCACUACGUUGCGCCUGUGACAGAUAAAGUGGCUGGAGAUGUCCUCUUGGAUGAGGCUUCUCUGGAAAUGGAAGGGCAGCCAUAUCAGACAACCCGGGUGGUUAUUGAGGAGACUCUGGUCAGCAGCUCUGCAGACAUCUCCAGUGGGAGCAUCGCUGUGGCCCGUCCUCAGAUCCCCGAUGGUGUGUCUGUGGUGGCUGUGGUGACUGGGAGGGAUACUGAAGAGAGCAGCUCUUCCACACCUGCUACACAGUUCAUUAUGUUACCUUUGCCAGCUCAUUCUGUUGUGGAGAACCCAACAUCAAUUAAACUGACAACCACCUACACUCGCAGGGGACACGGGAACUGCACCAAUCCUCGCUGCUCAUUCACUUAUGUCACCAGGCAUAAGCCACCAAAAUGCCCCAAGUGUGGGAACUUCCUUGGAGGGAAAUGGAUCCCAAAGGAAAAGCAACCAAGAAGCAAAUCUGAGCCUAACUCAAGCACUUCUCUGAAAACUCCUGCAACUAAAAGAGGUCAGCAGUCAAUGUUCUCAGACUCGGUGGCUGUUGGUGAGAGUACCUCCAAGUCUGCCCUGGAAAGCUCUGAAGCGGUCAGCCAGCUGCUGAAUGCUGUGCCUGAUGGAGGGCAAAUGGAGGAGACCGAGUGGGAGGAAGUAAUCAUCUCUGAUGCUCACAUUCUUACAAACAAUGUGCUUGCUGAAGAUGGAGGGAGUGCUGCUGGAGUGACGCUGGGUCAAGAGAGCCAACUGCGAGGAGAUUCUUCUGCAGAGCAGGCAGAAAAAGAUAGCAUAGGGCUGGGAAUGCCACCAUCUUCCGAGGUGCUGAGUACAAAUGCCUCUGCAAAAAAGCCUGUGGUAAUUGAUGCUCCAGCUGCUGCACACAAAGGGCAAGAAGUAAAGAGUAAACCAAGACCGAAGCCCUCCUUGCUGGCUGCAGCAAGGCCCAUGCGAGCAAUUCUGCCCGCACCAGCCAGCGUGGGGAGAGAAGCCAGCACUGAGCAGGCUAGCAAGAGACAGGCGUUUGCGAAUACUGACAAACAUCCUCCUGUGAGAACGUCAGGCUUGAAGCCCAGUACACUGAAGCAGUUGGGCCAGUCAGUUCUGCAGCCUCCCAGUGCUGAGGAGCGCAAGCUCCACAGUGCUUUGACCAACAGGGCAUCACAGGUUAAAGUAGUGGAGGUCAAACCAGACGUCUUCCCUUCCUACAAGUACAGCUGCACUGUGACUUUGGAUUUGGGAUUGGCAACAUCACGUGGCAGAGGGAAAUGCAAGAACCCCUCUUGUAGUUACGUGUAUACAAACAGGCACAAGCCACGAAUCUGCCCCAAGUGCGGCUAUAAUCUUGCCAAAGACAGAGCUGAGAAAACAGGAAAAUCUCUGGAGGUCAGUCCAGGUCAGCCUGAUGUGCUGAACACCAGUGAGCCCCUCAGCCCAUCCCAGAAAGAGAUCCAGCGUCAGUCCACCCUCCAGCUGCUGCGCAAAGUCAUGCAGAUCCCAGAGAACGAAUCGGAGCUGGCUGAGGUCUUCACACUCAUCCAUGAGCUGAACAGCUCGCGGCUCAUCCUGUCCAACGUGAGUGAGGAGACAGUCACCAUAGAGCAGACCUCCUGGUCAAACUACUAUGAGUCUCCAUCUGCGCAGUGCCUCCUCUGUAACAGCCCGCUGUUCAAAGGGGGACAGAAUUCCCUUGCUGGUCCUCAGGAGUGCUGGCUGCUGACAGCUAAUAGAUUACAGGUGGUUACAGCUCAGGUCAAGGUGUGCUUGAACCUGCAGUGUUUGGCUCUCCAUAGCUUCACUGAUAUUUACACAGGCCUUUUCAACGUGGGUAACAAGUUACUGGUGAGCUUGGAUCUUCUGUUUGCCAUCCGGAACCACAUCAAACUCGGAGAGGAUCCCAGGGUGGCUGUUGGCAAUAUUCUCAGCUCUGUUCAGGAGCAAACUGAAAAAAGCCUGAGCCCAGAUGAGCAGGUUCAGCUCCAGGAACUGCUGUGCAAUGGCUACUGGGCCUUUGAAUGCCUCACUGUCCGGGAUUACAAUGAUAUGAUCUGUGGAAUCUGUGGCAUAACCCCCAAGGUGGAAAUAGCCCAGAGGAACGUAGAAAAUGUUCUGGCACUGAAAAACAUAGAGUUUACUUGGCCAGAAUUCUUGUCAUCAAGUGAAGUGAAUGUGGAAGACUUCUGGUCCACAAUGGAGACAGAGGUGAUUGAGCAGGUGGCUUUUCCUUCUAGCAUCCCCAUCACAAAGUUUGAUGCUUCUAUUGUUGCUCCUUUUUUCCCCCCAUUGAUGAGAGGAGCUGUGGUCAUCAAUACUGAGAAGGACAAGAACUUGGAUGCGCAGCCAGUGCCAGGUAAUGGGAGUGCCUUGGUGAGGCUCCUUCAGGAAGAAACCUUCAGGCUUGAGCUGAUAAGCUCUUACAGUGAGGAAGAACUGCGGAGCUUUCUGACACAGUGCAGCAUUCCCUGGGAGCCCUCAGAUACAAAGGACCAGCUCUGUUACUCCCUCCUGGCUCUCUAUGACUUUGUACAGAAUGGGACAAGCAUCAGGCAAACCUCUGCUUACCACACAGGAGGAAAGAUCUACAAAGUGUGUCCACAUCAGGUUGUGUGUGGCUCAAAGUACAUAGUAAGAGGAGAAAAUGCUCGGGAUCACGUGGACCUGCUGGUUUCCUCACGUCACUGGCCUCCAGUGUAUGUUGUCGAUACGGCCUCUUCAGUGGCACUGUGUGCAGACAUAUACUGUCCUGACUUGACUUCCCAGCUGUGGGGGAAAAAUCAAGGCUGCUUCUCUGACCCUAUGGAUCCUCCAGCGUACGUCUCCUGCCCCGAACUGCUGGACCAGCACUACAGUGUAGACAUGACUGUGGCUGAGCACUCCGUUCAGCACCCAAUCACCAAGUCGACAGCACGCCGAAUUGUUCACACCGGUUCGGAGCACAACAGUCACCACGAUCCAACGGCUCGGCACCACUGCAUCUCCCUGUGCCGAGAGCUGGAGCCUUACAGCACCAUCAUCACUGCUAUCAGUGACAGCAAAACCAGCAACAUCCGCCAAAGGCCCAUCACCUUUGAGAAUGCCACACAUUAUUACCUCUACAAUCGCCUUAUGGACUUCCUCACCAGCAGGGAAAUUGUGAAUCGGCAGAUCCAGGAGAUUGUACAGAGCUGUCAGCCUGGGGAGGUGGUAAUUCGUGAUGCUCUCUAUCGGCUCGGAGUGGCACAGAUUAAAACAGAAACAGAAGAGGACGAAGAAGAGAAGCAGGAAGAUGAUAAAGACGUUGCUUAGUAGCAAACCAACUUGCUGAUUUCUCUUUUUGGCUGUGGGCUGGGCCAGCUUCUGCAGGGUUUGGGCAGCUGUCUGGCUCAAGAACUUAUUUUUGCAGAUUGGAGGUGUGGUAGCGGUGGCUCUGACUGCUGUUAAUGACCAAAGAGCUGUGUGCUUCCAGAGUGUCACCAAUGCUGUGUGAGUGGGUCUGCCUCGCUCCUUGCUGAAGGCUGCGGCUCCCUCUGUGUGAGGUGUGCGACGGACCCACUCUUCAGCUGUGUGCAGUGUUGCCCUCCCUGCAGUUGGCAAAGUGGAGAAGCAAAUGACGUUUCUGGUAGCAGGGGGGAUGCAUGGCAGUGCACAGGUUUCUUAAUUCUGAAUCUUGCUUGCUGACUUCUUUGUGCAUACUGGUGGCAGGGCUUGAGGAUGUGGGAAUAGGUUCAAAAGGCAGACAGCGAAUUCGUUCCAAAAUAUUCCAGACUGAUUAGCUUAGGACAGUGGCUCCUGCUUGGAAAUCCUGCAGAGCUCUCACACAAAGGUUUCAGGGAGUCCUUAGCUGAAGAGGAGGAGCCAUGAAGCUUUAAGGUAUCCUGUCUGAGAGCCUCCCUGGAGGCUGCCAUUCUGAAGCCAGGAUUGAGGGUACUGUGGCUGCUGAAGCUGUCUGGAAUUAUUUGUCCCCUCACAUGAGCACUAAUAAUUUAGAAGCUGAAACACAUAGCAAGUGAAUGAUGUUCUGUACAUUAAGAGUUUACCUGUCAGGCCCCAGGGAAUCAAGUUCAUUAGGGGGCUGUAUGAGGUGUUAGCUGGACACUCCCAUUUCUAUGCUGUCCUCUUGAAUGCUUUCUGUUGUUGUUUUGUUUAAGGACUUGAAUUUCUGUUACUGUGCCCUUAGAACUGAGUCACAAAGACCGUGAGAUCAAGGAGAAACAAUGCAGGAUUGCCAGUGAGCAGAGGUGUGAGGUCCUCCCUCAGAACAGGCACCGGAGACCUGCAUCGACAUGGUGCCCUGGGUGUCUUAUCCACCUUGCCUGUGUCCCACAGCACUUGUGAGUUAGAGGAGCCUCUUGCUGUCCUGGCUGCUUUCUCAGCUCCUGCAGCACGUCUAAAGAACACCUCGGGCUCUGGCUGUAAAGCUGUGUGUGUGUUGCUGUCAAGUCUCUUUGGUUGUCACUGGCACCAAAGCUGAAGGUUUUUGUUUGCUGUGCUGCAGAGGAGAGGGUGGUGUUGAACUGUGAAGGGAGUUUAUUUUGUCUGAGUGAGCAGGGGGGAAGAUUCAGAGGCUUGUGGUGUGGUUGAAAAUUCCCUUCUGUGAAGGGGAACCUAUUGAGUACCGUACUGUAAAAGUAAAUGUAUCAAGUCUGAGCACAUGCAGUAAUUAUGGCUUGGGGUUUUUCUGUUAAGAACAUUAACUUAUUAUAAGAGAUGCUAGUGACUUUUUUCAGUCAGUGAUAAAAUUUAAUAAAUUAUCUCCAAUUUUGGGGGUGAAACUGCG